GCAUCAAAAGCAAAAUCUACUUCAGAUCACUUUUCUCCAACCAUUCCGAACCCAGUGGGGAAGAACACUACCCUCCAAACACAAUGAUGAGUCCAACUCCAAGUGUGAACCUCUGUGACAGAUUUUAUGACUUUACAGCAUUUGGUGAUGGAACCUUUUCAUUUCAAGAGGAUACCUCUUCGAUGUCCAGAUUUGAAGAUGAAGAAACAGAAUAUGAGGAUGAUUUGCAUUUAUGUUCUCCACUUGGACGACCAAAGCGAAAAAGAGUCAUUACACACACACAGCGUCAAGCUGCAAACAUUCGAGAGAGGAAGAGGAUGUUUAAUCUUAAUGAGGCCUUUGAUUUGCUUCGAAAGAAGGUACCGACAUUUGCUUAUGAAAAAAGACUUUCCAGAAUUGAAACUUUACGUCUAGCAAUAGUUUACAUAUCCUUUAUGACUGAACUUCUUAAGAGCUCUGAGAAGUAAAGUGAAGUUAGAACCAAGAAAAGGUACACAUUCACUAUUUCACAAUGUUAUAGUAAAUUAA